CUCUCCAUAGAAGCCCUCUUUCCAUCGCCACACUAAAGCGAUUCUCUUCUCUGUCGCCGCCACCACCACCAUGGCCGGGCUGAGCCGACUGCGAUUGGCCACAGCAACGCCAGCACUCCGCCGCCUCCAUUUUCUUGCUACCUCCCGUGCAUAUGGAUCGGCGGCUGCGGUUCAAUACGACUACGAUUACGAUUGCGACGACGAGUACUGUUCGGAGGAAGGAGGAGGGCCAAGGCUUGACUCCGCGGCGGCGUCGAACUGGGGAAGAGGAAUGCAUUGGGUGUUGAUAGGGGACCCAGGAGCUCAAAAGCACGUGUACGCUGAAAAGCUUUCGAAGCUUCUACAAGUUCCUCACAUUUCCAUGGGUAGCCUCCUUCGCCAAGAGUAUAACCCUAGCUCUUCUCUCUACAUACAGAUUGCAAGUGCGUUGAAUGAAGGAAAGCUAGUGCCAGAGGAAGUAAUUUUUGGGUUGUUGUCCAAGAGGCUUGAAGAAUGCUACAGCAGAGGCGAAACUGGCUUCAUUUUGGAUGGCAUUCCUCGAACAAGGAUACAAGCUGAAAUUCUUGAUCAAAUUGCUGACAUUAAUCUAGUUGUGAAUUUUAAAUGUGCUGAAGAAAACUUGGUGAAGAGGGAUUUUCUUACUGUAAGAAACACUACGCCCUCUGUUACUGAUGCUAGAAGUGCCUUGAAGGAAAAGUUCCGUAUAUAUGCAGAACAGGGUAAGGCAUUGGAAGAUUACUACAGGAAACAAAAAAAACUGGUGGACUUUCAAGUAGCUGGUGCACCUGGAGAAACCUGGCAAGGCUUGUUGGCUGCAUUACAGCUCAAGCAUUUGAGUGCUGUUAAGUCUUCACAGAAACUGGCUGCUUGAUUUGUUUUACCUGUUAAAUUGGUAUCUGCCUUGGUUCCAUUCGCAUGCAGGUGUGAUGGUAAAUAUGUACAACAUAAGCAUAAUAUUUCACGUCUAUUGUUCAAGCAGAUUUAAAGUUUUUUCGCUAUCUGCAAGUAUUAGGCUAUUAGAUAGUGCAAUUUUGAGGCCGUAUGCUUGUAAGGUAAUUUUGGCGAGACAUAAAAAGCAAAAAGCAAAGAAGACUGGCAUGUUAGACUGUUAAUACAACAUAAGCGUGUUGUAUUUCCACUCACUUUAUUUGUUUAAUGUUUUUUCAUUUUAUAUCAUGGGACAAUUGUAGUAAUUAGUGACCCGUGGUUUGAAGAUACUAAAGCACUUGGUUUGAUUUUGUAACUAUGCAAAUUUCAGACUCUGUAUUUUUGUUAUUGAGCCAAGGAUUGAAAUGCUCUUUUUGGUUUAUAAUUUUAUAUUUA